AUGAGCGAAGAGCGAUUAGAAGAAGACUGGGACACAGAUUUCUUGGAGCAAUUGAUCCAAGGCCAUUACCUAUCCCCUCCGCGAGAGCUCACUCAGAGGUCCUCUUCCAAUGGCAUUUCCCAUUCUGCUCCUCCUCCUUCCAGUAGCUGCCCUGAGCUUGAGAAAGAACUCGAAAUUGCCCGCUUGAAGAGGGAGCUAGGACAUGUCUCGGAGAAGCUUUUGCAUUUGGAAAAAGAGUCCUCUGAACUAAGGAAGGAAAAUGACAAAAAAGAUAAACAGCUUAGACUUGUAACUUCAAUGAAUGAAAAGAAAGAUGCAGCUGCUAGGAACUCUGAGAGUACAAAUUUGUCCCAUGGCAGCAGGAAAUCUGGAGAUGUCCUGGUCAAUCAUGAGGUUUCUCGACAAUUUCAAUCUGCAAUGUGUUCAAGUGAUCAGCCUGGCUCUCGUAUUAAUACUGAUGUGCGAAACUCUAAAGCCCCAGGCGUUCAAACUGAUGAAAUUGGUGCUGUUCCCCAAGCAAUCUCACAUGAUGAUCUGCAGACAUAUGAUGACAUCUCCAAGAAAUUACUAGCUAUCUGGGGCUCUCCAAAUGAGCAAGAAUUGGGAAGAAAUCUAAUUUGCAAUUUGCUUAUGGCUUGCCAACAGAUUUCCAUUUUCUUUUUGGGUGCAUUGGUAUGA